CGCAUUUACAAUGUUUGUUUGUACAGAUUGGACUUUAUUCUGUACUUUUAUUUACACCUCCAUAUUUUGUGUACUUACAUCGCAUUGAGUGAAGAUGUAUGUAACUUUUCACACCAUAGAUUUCCAGAGCAUGAUCUAGUUUUGCUUUAAACCUGCUAAAACAAACUCACAUGCAGCAAAUAAUAUGGAGGACUCGAUAGUGUGAUGGCUGGAGUGUAAUGAGCACUGUGUUAUUAAAAACGAUCUGGACGUGCGGCGAUCUGGUGUUGACUGUUGUGUAUUUCAAAAAUUGAAAGUUUGUUUCAGUAACGUACUAAGAUUUGAAAGUAUACUGAAUAAAAGGAGAGAUAAUUUUAUGCUGUUGACGAAUUUGAUAACGGAGUAGUGCACGUUUGACUCUGUGGUCGUUCACUUCGACAAAUGGCUGCUGUGCUUGCCAAGAGCAGCCCCACAAGGGUCGUCAUGAUACGUACCACGCAAACAACAUUCGAGACCUCAAACCGUUAUGUGCAGUCCUACCUGGCCUACGAUUUAUUCACUGCGAUCGAAAUAGGAUCGGUAAAAGCAGUCCGUGGCAUCCUGUUGUCCUACCCAGACCUCGAUCUCAACUUCCACAUUAAGGACGUUACUCCGCUGUCGCUAACGCUGUACAAGAAACAUUUCGAUAUUUUUCACCUGUUCAUGCGCCAUAACGAGCGGACACGCCGCAUGGAUCUAAACAUGAUCAGCAAAGAUCACCUGGGGCGGGUCGAGCCGCCCAUCAUCACAGCCUGUCGCUUGCACUUCUUGGAGGGCGUGGCGGCUCUGGUGCAACAAGGUGCGGACAUCGACUGUCAGGAUUUCCAAGGUCAUACCGCCCUGUGGGUGGCAGCCCGGCAGCAGAUGCCAGAUUUUGUGGAAUAUCUCAUUGCCAACGGUGCCAGCGUCAAUCUCACCGACCGGUAUAACUGCACGCCGUUGUUGGCAGCCCUCAUGUAUCGCGUCAGCUCCAUGAUCAUCAAAAUGCUUAUCGUACAUGGCAGCGCGCUGCGCAGCCCCAACCCCUGGGCCUCAGCCGAGCAGUGCCCGCUGUUCUGGGCAGUGAAGCAUGGCAACUCGGAGAUCGUCAAGUUGGUUCUAAUGGCCGGUGUGCCGAUGUCACAGAUGCGAACAGUCAAGGCUGCUUUGGUAAACAGUGAUGUUGAUGGCAGCAUUCUGGAACUCCUGGAGGAGGAGACACGCUGUCCUCCUUCUCUGCAGCACCAGUGCAAGUGUGUAUUGAGACAUUGUGUGUCCAGGUUGGCAGCUGGUCGACACUUUGUCAAGAAUACAGAGUCCUUGCCUUUGCCUCUCUCCAUGAUCCAGUAUCUUCUGCUCAACAGAUGAGACUGGAACAAGUUGCAGGUUAUGUCAUACAUUGGUGUAAGCUUGACACUGUGGCUUUUGGUGAUUUAGUUGUCGUCACUGUUAUUGUUCAUCACUUUCAGUGUAUUGUGGAUAGAGAUGUAAUAAAUGAAUUCAAACUAUUACAGACUCAGCAACUGUUGCAUACUAAACAAUUAUAGAUUUGUAUUUUAUAACAUUAUUAUUGAAUUUAUAGAGUGCAUUUCCCUGUGUGGAAGAACAUUUGGGUGGGGCUUUAUUGUAUGAGUAUUUUUUGCUCAUUACAGUGUUGUUAUGGUUAUCAGAGAUAGAUCUAUGCUUCGGAUAACCAUAGCAAUUUACAAAGAUCUAGAUUUGAGGAAGAAAUGUUACUGACAAUGUGGUUAUGUAGUUGUUUUUUUAUUUUUUUCGCGGGUGAUGGAGUUUUUAGUUCUUUGGCCCAAGAAAGUUAAACAUAUUUAGUAUUAUUAAUUUCAAGGUAAUUUUGAAAUUUGUUUUGUCUGUGUGUUUUUUAUUUAACCUUUUGAACACAGUAAGCUGGAUUAUCCAGCUUAACCAUCUACCAACAUUUCUUUUUGGGAAAUUAUACUGUUCAGUGUUGUCAUGCUACUUUCAUGUUUGUGACUGCUGGAUGUUGCUAAAAAUAGAAAUUAUAUUUAACAGAAAACUCAUUUUUACAUUUUUUAUGAAGUGAAAGUGACAAUAGAUCUCACAAAUUUGUGUUUUAUUUUCAUAAUAUGACAAAUACUAAUACUUUUGUUUAUCUAUUAAGUGUGUCAGAAUAUAGAAGUGGAAAGCUUAUUAAUUUGUUGAGUUUUUGUUGCAGUCAUAAAACAUAAACAUUAUGAUGAUGUAAAGAGUGUUUUAUGCUAAAGGUGAUGCAAACAUCAGCAUUUGAAAAUCAUAUUGAGGGUUCUUUUUUCUUUUCUUUUUAAAUUCAAAAUAAUUUUUUUCCAGAAUAGCCCCAGAUUAUUAUCUGAAAUGCUGGGGAGUCUAGUAUGUAGAUCUGCAUCUUAGUAAAAACCUCUUGUAAAAUUAUGGCCAUUGCGAAAAGUGAGACUGGUGUUAUAUUUUGUAUAAUUUUUGAUAAGGUACAUGGCCAGGGUUUUUUGUUUUUUGUUUUUUUUAAAUAGUAGCAACAUUGUUUUAGUGGUUGUAAAUAGUGGCUUCAAACCUCCUUUAAAUACCUACUGUUUCAAAGUCACUUAUAUUUUUACAUUGAGCUAUGUCUUUUGAGUUGGAGUAUUCUGCAUCAAUGAGCCAAACAUCGUGCUUAUAAUAUAUUGUUAUAAACUUAUAGAGUUUAAUCAUUGUCUAUGAGGCUAGUACAAUUACCUAGAAGUGGCAUGUUGACAUGAAAACUUUUGAUAAAAUGUAUAUUGUAAUGAUAGCGCACAUUAGUUAGUGGCUGUAUGUGUUCAUUUGUAAUCUGAGGGAAUCAGAUUCAGAUGGAUUAUUGCUAGAAUUAAAAUAUAGGGGGGUUAUAAGGAGGAGGGGAGUGUUUUUGUUGUUUUGUUUUGGUUUGAUCGUUUAAGAUAGGCUUAGAAUAGUAUUUUGAGCCAUGCAAUGAUAAGAUGAACUGUAGUUCCCGUCCUCAAAGAUAUAGAGGUGGUCUAAUAAGAGUGUUUAAAAAAAAAGAUGAAAAAAAUAUCAUUGUGGCAAUCUUUAAAAUAUGACCAAUAUCACGAAAUAUUACACAGAUACAAUUCUGUCUAAUGAAACCUUUGUGUGUUGCACUUUUGUGUCAGUUUUAUUUUAAUAGAUGUAACUUUGUCAUGGUUGUAAUUGGGGGUUUUUUUUUCCUCACCUUCCCUAGUGUGAGAAGUUUGAUGUUUCAAGUAGGGCAUUUUGCAGAAUCUUAGGAAAACAACAUCUGUGAGGCUGGUAGUGGCUUCUUUGCUGGCAGCUGAUUUUGAAAAUUCAGAUCCUUCCAGCCUCAGAAGAGAUGCUAUAGCAACUUUUCAUACUGUCCCUUUUGAAGUGGAUCGUUGGUUUUUUUCUUCUGCAGAGUUAUUUUGUGUAAUUUUUCAUACGUGUUUUGCUCGAACUGUAGCAGAUCAGCAUCUAGUGGCAUUCUUCAUGUCAGCUGGAGACAAUGAUUUGUGGUUGAUGUGUGGUUGAAAUAUAUGAUGAAAUCACGCACUUGUGGCUCAGCCCAGGAGACAGAGGGCAGCUCAUCUAAUCAGGUAAUAAAACAUGCAGCACUCUUAAAAGCUGCUGCCAUUUUUUUGAUAUCCCAUCUCAAAAUCUAAUUAUGACAAGUUUGUUGUUUUAUUGUGUUCUUUCUUUGUACGAUAUGUGUUGUAUGCCUCUUGUGUCUUGAUAGUUUCUUGGCUGAAUCAAAUAUAUGAUGUGUGGUAUCUGAAAAGAAACAAAAUUGUUCUAUGUAUAGCUGCGGUAUCUUCUGUGGUUGACUGGCAACAAACUAACAAGUGGAAACUGCCUGAAAUGUGCCAGAUUUCUGACAGCAUAUUAAAUAGGCAGGUGUUGAGAACAGUUUUCAGGCACAUGGAAUGAAAGACGUUUGAUGAGUGUCAUCAUUAGCUUUAUCUCAUGCAGUUUGAGAUAUGAGAGGGCUUCAGGAGAAAUUAAAGAUGUCACCAAGAGCCCAUUGCUGUGUAAUGUCUGUCAUCUUUAAUACCUAUGUUCACAUAAAUAAUUUCCAUAAAUGUUAAUCCAGAGAUGCGAUGAAAACAUAUUAACAAAGCCAGCCAAUCAUAAUUUGCCUUACAGCAAAACUUCCAGGUGAAAAUGAGUUGUUUUUUUUUUUUAAGGUCAGAAUACAUUUGGUUAUUUCUUCACAUGAAAUCAAACUUGACGUGGAAUUGUGCUGCAUGCUAUUAAACUAGCUACAUAGUCAACAGUUACUUCAGCUCCAAUAGUGAUACUACUCACAACAAGUAACAGAAAGGAAACUGCAAAUCAUCUGCAAAGACCUGAACUAAAAACUGUGUUUGCAAGAAUCUCAUUUUUUUUGUAAAUGGCAGUAGAAGUGCACAAAGUGGAAAGGCUCUCACUGCAGGCAGGUUUGAAAUCAGUAAAAGAGAGACAGUUUAAGUGGAGAAAGAUUCACACAGCACACAAAGGUGUGACAGCAGUAUGACAAGCGGUACCCAGUUGUUGUCUGAGGCAGUUGACCAGACACAAGAGCCAUGACUGAAAAUCUUGGAUAUAAACAUUGUCUCUAGCAAAGAAACUGGCUAUGCUGGAAAAGCUUAUUUGAACGAAAUGUGUGCUUUUCUUGUCUUGAUGUUUUAUACUCAGCUUAUUGCACCUUUCUUACUGUGGUUGUGUAAUCUUUGACCCAUCUGGAAUAUUGUAACCAUUGAAAUUUAAGAUGCAGGCCUUGGUGCAAAGACACUGAAGUUUGCAAAGGAACUUAAAUUUUUUCCAGGACAUUAUGAAAUGACCCGAUGUUAUCAGACCCAGUGGCAUGUCAUUUCUAACUCUAAACUAAAUGGUAGUAAUAGAUAAAGCAUUAUUUCAGUGUCAAAUGCAGCUUCAUGUCUUUGAUCAAAAUUUUAUAUUCUAACCUGCAGAUCUUGACGGUAAAGAAGCUGUAAAUCAUUAUUGUAUAUACUGUCGCUAUCACUGUCUUGACAGUACUAUUAACAAAACGUUAUUGUUGAGCUCUGAGGAGGGGCAACAGUUAGCGCCAGUCACCAAUACAGUGAGAGUUGUCUGUCCUGGUUUCAGCUCUAGUUUCAGGCACACUGUUCUUUUUCCGCAUGUGACAUCUGUUUACAAGGCUGACUACCUUGCCGUGAUUUAGCCUUAGUUGCUGGCUCCACGUAAAACACUAAUCCCCCUCCUCCCCACUUGCGCUCUGAGAAGGUAUGUAAACCAUCAUUAAUGCAUGGUAAUCAGCAUGCCUUCAGACGAGAUCACCAGGGUGAGUUUGAAGGCCAAUGCACCUGCCAAAGGUUAGCAACCUGUACAAACAUCUGAAGAAAAUUUAAGGUGGUUAUUUGAACAUAGCUUAUUUAUUAACAGUUAUAAGUGAAUGAUUAUAGUGUGAAUGACAUACCUGGAAACCUAAUGCUGUUUUGAGGAUCUUGUCUGAAGCCCGAUGUGAUUUUUUUGGCGAAGAACAUUACAAAAAAUUAUUCUCCUUAGUGUCUGGUACCAAAUCAUUUAUGCUUCCUUUCCCCUUUUUAAUGGGGCAGACCAGUGGCGCAAGGCUUAGCGCCUGUCACCAAUACAGUGAGGGUUGGCUGUCCUGGGUUCAGCUUUCAUCUCAGGAGUGCUGUUAUUUCUCUGCAUGUGGCAUCUGUUUACAGGGCUGGCUGCCUUGCCAUGAUAUAGCCUUAGUUGUUGGUUUGACGUUAAACACCAAUUCCCCCCUCUUCCCUUUUUCAUGUGUGUUCACAUAGAUACAUAUGUGUACCUGUGUAUACAGAUGCAUGCAAGUGAAUGAUUCUAGUGUGAAGGACAUAUCUGGCAAUUUCAUGCUGUUGUGUGGGUCUCUAGUCUGCUGCAAAUUGUUUUUUUGUGCAAGACAUUGUAACAGAUUAAUGUCUGGUGUGUGUGUGUAUGAGAGAGAGAUCAUGCAAAUAUAUAUAUACCUGCAUAUGUGCGUGUUUACUAUUGAUAAAAUUUACAGAAUAAAUGUCAGCAAUUUGAAAAAGUUAUUAUUACUUGUUUAUCUAAUGGUUGUGUUUUCCUCUUUGCGCUGGUACCAGCUCUCAUUUGGUGACCUGAAAGGCUUGUGUUGUAUGUAAUUUGCAACUGGACAUUCUUCAUAGUUUAUGUGAUUUUACAAUGUUGUGAUGCAUUUUUUGUAAAUGGAUAUAUAAGAAUUUUCCAAUGUUGUAAGGCAGUGUUGUGGAAGAGUAUACAUGAAAAUUAUACAUGUUAUAUAUAAGUAUUAUUGCUUGUGUCUGUGGUGAAAAGAAGCUUUCUUGAAUGCCUGUUUUUCAGUUGCCUGUCACAUUUAAAAGGGAGCCAGCUUAGUUUUAUAUAUUUUUUUUUUUUUUGAGCAGAUGUGCACUAGGAGAUGGCAUCUAAGACUAACAUUUUAGAGUAGUUGGUCAUUUUUAAAGAGCUUAGUGAAAAGAACAAGUUCAUAUAUUUCAGUAUCAAAUAUUACAACUAUGAAAUAAUUAAAGGGAGUAAACAUAUUUCAGGUCUUACCAGAUAUUCAUAAAGUUCAAGUUUCACAGAACAUCCUGUCAGCACAACCAUAGAAAAAAUAAACUUUACUGUCAAAGCAAAUGGUGAAAUCGCUACUUAAGCCAAUAACUCGAUCUUUAAAGAUGGUCUUUUACUAAAAGAAUUGUAAUUCUUAUAAGGAUCUGGGAUUAGUUUAUUAACAUAAUCAGGUAUAAUUCAUAGUCAUUGUAAAUGUAUGCUGAAUUAUUUAGUUCAUUCACAGCAACAAAUGAUGGUUUAAAGGCUGUUUACAUGACCCUUCAAUCUACCUUUUAAAGACUUCUUAAAACUACCGUAAUCCCAUGCCUUCACAUUGCCAAGACCAUAUUGUUAUGCAAAUGCAUAUGGCUUUUCUAGUCUGCUUUACCAGCCAAAGUUGCUGAAAAUUAUUAUAAAUAUCAUUUCUAUGUUUUACUUGCAAUAUGUAAUGCUGAAAUUGGCACAAGUUACUGUAAUAGCUCCCCCUUUUUUUCUUUCAUUGCUUAUUUUUUUUAUUUUUUUUCUUACCAGACCUGAAUUCUAAAAAGUAUAUUUUUUCGAUUUGCAUGGAGCUGUUUCAUCAAUAUUAUAAAAAAUUCUUUGACUCCUGAGGCAACAGGAUGGCAGUCAUUGCAAAGAUGUCACAGAGUUGCUUCAGGAAUACAAACACAUCUUAAUUAUAAUACAAUAUCUGACCAAAAAUGUUUUUUUAAACCCAGUUUCUGACUUAGCUAAGCCAAGACUUUGUCAUGCUGUGGUUAUUUCAUAUGGCACUUAACCAAAGAUCAUUGCUUGCUUCCUUUAUUUUAUUUUUUUUUUUUUUUUAACUAUUACCAAGACCGUUGGAUCUGCUUUCCAAUAAAUCAAACCAGAGUUCAAGGUUGCCAGUCUAAGGGCAUAAAGGAAUAUUCUUGAUGCUUGAUGUGGCCUGUGAUGCUUCUUAUUGUUGACAUUUGGUUUUCUUAACACUGAAAAAACUUGUGAACUCCAGGGACAUAACUGAUUGCUUGCAAUAAUUAUUGAAUAUUGUGAUUUUAUUUGCUUACAAAGAUUAUAUCAUUUCUAUUAUAAUAAAGCAGACUUUGCUACAAGUCUCCUAUUU